AAGUUUCUCCACUGUUAAUUUUCUCAACUAGCUAGAGAGUUGCUGACGAUCGAGCUAGCUAAUUAAGAGGGCAAGAGUGUUGACGACGACCAAAAUUAGCAUGAUUGGGCGUACUGGUUUGACCGGUAUGCAUAGACCUUUCAGACCGGUCAAGUUUACUUUAUCAAAAUUUAUAUUUGACUUCAUCGUUGCGUAGCUCUCGUUGAGACCAUCAAAAUGUAUAUAUGGAACGUCUGAUUUGGAUUCCAUUUGGAAAUAGGAAAAAUCAAUCGGCUGCUAUGGCCAGUAUUCCUAAACCUGGCGAAAUUGAUGUCGACAACAUUAAAAGGCCGACUGUUGAGCAACUUUCGGCCGAGCAUCAAAAAGCUCUCGAUGAUAUCUAGAAGAAUAUCAUAGAAGAGAAUGAGAAGAAGAUUCAAAGAUUGGAGGAAGAAGUCAAGAAGCAAUACAUCUCGCACUUCACUAUCGACCGACAAGGGAAGGUUACAAAGGAUGAUACCUUUGACUCUUCUCAAUUUGAGGUAAAAUCUGAUGAGAAUAAACAGUCUGCUCUUGAUUCAGAAGUAGCUAAUAUGAUAGAUAGUACUAUUGCUUCUCAUAUAAAUAAUAAGUUGGAAUUUAUUAGUCAAGAUAUGCAUGAUAUGUUUGAUGAUUACUAUAGCCAAAUUGAAGCACAUCUUGGUAUGGAGUCUAGCGGUAAUGUUAAAUGUGCGUCUAUAUCUAAUACCGAUAAGACAAUGGGUGAUUCGGCUGGCGAUAAAAUUCUAAUAAUGCUAUUGUGACUAAUUCGGCUAAUCAGCAUAGCUGAAUUAAUUAUAAUGCAUCACGUAAUGCAAAUAUGCCAUAUGGAGCAGCAAGUUCAUUGCGACAUAUUUUUACACUGCCGAACUUUGCUCAACCUAGUAGUACACCGAUCACAAAUCGGCUUAACACCGACGAUGUUGGAUCAUGUAGUAUUAAAAAGGAGGUGAUUAAGAUAUUUCGGCAAACUUUUAGUAUAGAGCCUACAGUCAAAUGCCGAUCUUAUCAAAGAUCAUAUUCUGAGAAUUAUGAUUAUGUUGCAUAUCCUCAAGGGUUUAAAAUUCUUGAUUUUUUUUAAAUUUACUGGUGAUGAUAACAGAACUACUUUAGAGCAUAUAGGUCAAUUUAUUAUACAAUGUGGUGAAGCUAGCACUAAUGAUAUUUACAAUUUGAGGUUGUUUUCUUUAUCUCUAUCGGGUGCUGUAUUUACUUAGUUUAUUUUAUUGCCACCCAAUUCAGUUUACACUUUUCCUGAUUUAGAGCAAAAAUUUUAUAAUUAUUUCUUUACUGGUGAAACUGAAUUGAAAUUGUCACAUCUUACAUCGGUUAAACAAAAGUUACAUAAAAGUGUUUCUGAAUAUAUUAGAAGAUUUAGAUAUACUAGAAACUGAUGCUAUAGUUUGACAAUUUCUGAUAGAGAAUUAGCUGAUCUAGCUUUUGCUGGUUUACUUGAUUUUCAUAAAGCAAAGCUAGAUGUUCAAGAGUUUGUAGAUGUUAGUCAAGUUUUACAAAAAGCUCUGGCUAAUGCAAUCCGAGCUAAAGAAGCUAGAGAUUCACAAAAGUCUAAUGAAAAACUAGUCGUCCUGUCUAUGUACUUGGUUGCGAUUCAAAUUGUUCGGAUGAUGAAAAUAAAUAUGUUUAUACUAAUGAAUUUGUUUGGCCAUCUAAUAAUAAAUCUUGUAUUUGUGGACUUUUAAUGUAUCCUAGCGCGCGCCUACGCCUCCACUCCCAUGCACCGCUGUCACGUCUAGCCCCAUUCGCCGCCGCGCCGCCGAGUCGCUUCCGCAGCACCUCCUUCGCCUCCAACCGUGCCAUCGCACGCGCAACCUCUUCAGCAUUGGUGGAAGAGCUCGAGGGCGGCGGAUCCGACGGAGGAGCGGUGGAGGAGAAUGCCGUGGUGGAGAAGGAUGCCGCCGCGUGGAAGAAACUGCUGGGUAGAGAAGGAGAAUGCAAGGACGAUGGAGGGAGCAGGCGCAUGCAAUGCAAUGGGAGAGGCGAGGGGCUAGCGAGGCAGUGGAUGAGUGGAUAUGGGCGUCCCUAUCCCUAGCAUUAUCAAUUUUUUUAUAUAGAAACACAAGCAUGACAUGGUUCCACUUUAGAUACGGUCAAACCCGACCCACAAAUCACUCUCAUCCCAUCCGUCACACUCUUAUCAUCACCACUGCAUGCUCCACCACUCCACGCGCAGCUCACCUCUGGAUCAACCCAUGCACACAAGACACGUAUUCGUCUCCGUUUUCCUCUUCCUCCUCGCGCUCUGCCUCGUCGCCCUCCUUCCACCGCGCGGGUCGCCGCCGCCAGGGUUGUUCUUCCAACCUUGGUUGCCUCCGCUCAGCAGCAGGAGUGGCACGGAGCACGACAGCGCCGGCAGUGAAUGCGACUAUGCGAACGGGCGAUGGGUGAAGGACGACAACGCCGGUGUGACGGCGUACAACGAGGACUGCCCGUUCCUCGACCCCGGUUUCCGGUGCAUGCAGAACGGCCGCAUGGACGACUCCUUCCGGUACUGGCGCUGGCGGCCUCACCGCUGCCACCUCCCUAAUUUGUUCAGGUUCAACGCGACGGAGAUGCUAGAGAGGAGCCGGAACGGCCGGAUCGUGUUCGCUGGGGACUCCAUCGGCCGGAACCAGUGGGAGUCCAUGGUGUGCAUGCUCGCCGGCGCCUCGCCCGCCGGCACGUCCAGGGUGUACGAGCAGUCCGGGAAGCCGAUCAGCCGGCACAAGGGUUACCUCUCCAUGAUUUUCGCCGACUACAACCUCUCCGUCGAGUACUACCGCGCGCCCAUGGUCGUGAUGGUCGACCGCCUCCCCACAAACGCGACGAGCGAUGGCAGCGGCGGCGUGAGGGGAGCGAUUCGCCUCGACGUGCUGCCUCGGCACGCCGAUCGAUGGGCCGGCGCGGACGUGCUCGUGCUCAACACCGGCCACUGGUGGAACGUGCACAAGACUGCCAAAGCAGGGAACUAUUUCAUGGUUGGCGACCGCUUGAACAAGAGCAUGGACAUCAAGGAAGCAUUUAGGUUGUCCCUAGAAACGGUGAGAGAUUGGGAGUUGAGGAGUGCACAGUGUUCCAAGAGGUAUUUCUUCUUCAGAAGUUACUCUCCUUCGCAUUAUAGCAACGGCACCUGGAACACAGGUGGCUCAUGCGCUGGCCAGCAAGAUCCACUAACGGCCUCUACGACGACGACGAACCGCUGGGAUGAAGAGUACUCAUGGAUCAACGUGAUGAUCGCGAAGACGACAGAACGUAUGAGGACCAGCGGAAGGAAGGCAAGGUUCUUGAACAUCACUCACAUGACGCAGCUCAGGCCGGACGGCCACCCCUCUCGGCACAGGGAGCCGGGAACUCCUCCGGACGCACCUGAGGACUGCAGCCACUGGUGCCUACCGGGCAUACCUGAUGCGUGGAAUGAGGUCCUGUACGCACAUCUCGUUUCCAUGGGGUAUGACACAACAAGGAAAUACAAAUGACCGGUUAUUGUUGGUGUUUAUUACCAACUAGCAGGUCUGUUUCGAGCUAUUAGUAGGUGCGACUUUCACUGAGCGUGGCUAAUUAGGUUUAGACUUCCCAGAGGUAUUUGUAUUUUUUGGACGUAUUUUUUAUAAUAACAGCGCUAUCUAUCUAUUAUCUUA